AUGACAGACGGUAUGGCUGUUCCAGCCUCUUUGCGGCUUCUGGGCCGGGCAGGAGGUUUGGAGAACUCCGACAUUUGCGGCUACUAUGUGCACAGCGGCUGGAAUGAGGGCCAUGCCACCUAUCUCCAAGUUGGGUCUCACACUGCCUUGAUGUUCAGACGGGGUUGCUGGGUCAUCGAUCGGCAGGGUGUCCAGGACUCUGAGAUGGCGGUUGCCUGGGCCAAAGACAAUGGUGCACUGGCCCCGACUGCUUCAACCUUUGGUCCUUGGUUCAUUUGGAGCGAAAGCGCUCAAGACUUCCUGGCUGAUGCCAAUCUGAUAGCCAUCGAUGCGCCGGAUGUGACGUUCAUUAGUCGAAGGUCAGACAUCAGUGGUGAGUAUCAUUUCGCAGGUCUCAGUGACGGGUCUCCUUACUAUGCUAAUGGAGAUAUGUUAAUCCGCUACCACUCAGAGGGUCGCAAAUGGUUGGUGGCUGGCACUGAACACAAGGGCAAUAAUUGCAUUGCCUUUGCUGAAGCUCAAGACACACCUCAUCCGGGCUUCGCAUUUUUGAAAUGGCACGUUUGGAAUGGGGCAACCGGACAGUGGAAUGCAGAUGCAAAUUGUCAUUGCUUGGCUGCACCAAGCGUGAUCCAUGUGCUUGGUAGACAUGCUCAGGCGUGCAAUGCACGGAUUUGUGGCAGCUACCAUUUGGCUGGUCUCAGAGAAGGGCGCCCGUUAUAUUUACUUCCUGGCAAAAAAGCAGUGAUUCGCUACGCCUCGGAAACCGACAGGUGGCUUAUUGACUUUGAGGCUUUAGCCGAGCCGGGGAUUUUAGGACGUAUUCUUCAAUGGGCUUUGAAAAUGGAGACAGGAGAUGCUUUUAGUGCUUUUGCCGAUGCACGUGGAACCUUCCACCCUGGGCAUGUAUUUUUGGAAUGGCAUGUUUGGGAGACAGCACAAAGCCGAGCUGUUUUGGAUCCGUGCGUCCGCGCAACUUCAGCUCCACAGAAGCUUCAAGUCAGUGGGCGUGGUCAUGGGCAAGAGAAUGGGGACAUUUCAGGAGAUUAUUUCUUAGUUGGAUUGCACAAGGGUUGGCCAGCUUAUCAGCAAAGAGGCACUAGUAUGGCAAUCCGCAGGGAGAAGAAACGUUGGGUCAUUGACCGUGAAGGCCUGCGUGAUUCUUUGACGUGUGUAGCAUUUGCACAAGCAACCCCAGGUUUUCAACAUGCAGGUGAUGGUGGAAGCCAGAAAUGGCAUGUCUACGAUAGCCGCGCAGCAUGUCAUGCUUUGGACGUGGCAAUCCAAGUUCGAGCUGAUGGACCUGAAGAGUCAUCUACAAAGAGACAGCGCAUUGAGUGCGUUUCGACAAGCGCUCAUUUGGGUGCCUAA